AAAAAUACUUGUUUACGAGAGGGCGCUUUAGCAAAUGGCCGAUGUCGGAGAAGGUUUACCCAAAUGGGAGAAAAGACGAAAUUUAAAUAUUUAAAAUUGGUUCGAAUCGAUGAUUCUACGCAUAAAAGUGUAAGGAGAAUAUUGGAUGAUCUUUCGAUACAUAAAUAGCUAUUAUGCUGCCAGGUAUCGGCGUAUUCGGAACAGGUAACACAGUGCGUGUUUUGGUGUCAUGUCUUAGGUCUAAAGGCUUCAAAGUGGAGGCGAUUUGGGGAAGAACUAUCGAAGCGGCCGAGGAGAUAGCUACAGAAUUAGAAAUACCCUUUUAUACAAACAAGAUGAAAGAAGUAUUGCUACGUAAAGAUGUCGAUCUGGUUUGCAUUGUCUGUCCUCCACACCUUCAUUCUCAGAUAGCUGUCAAGGCUUUAAGAAUAGGUAAACACGUCUUGUGCGAUCGACCCGCUGGUUUAUGCCAGUCUGAAGUGCUAGAGAUGGUCCACGCAGCUCAAUAUUACCCUUCGCUUAUCUCCAUUCUUUGCCACAGUCUUCGGUUCCUUCCGGCCUUCAGCCAGAUGAAAAAGUUUGUUCGGGAGGGAUACGUUGGAGAAGUCACCGUCUGCGAUGCCAGGGUACAGUGUGGAAGUCUGCUUCACGACCGCUAUGACUGGAUGUGUGACGACACGAUGGGUGGGGGAUUGCUGACCAAUAUCGGAAGUCACAUCAUCGACGUCAUCACUUACAUUACGGACAGAAAAGCCGUGAGAGUCCACGGCAUGAUGCGUACGUUUACCAAGACGACGGAACGUAUCCGAGGUAUAAGACAGAUCACCAGUGAUGAUUUUUGCACAUUCCAAAUGGAACUGGAAGGUGGUAGUUGUGCUACUGUGACUCUUAAUCAACACCUUCCGGGACAAUUCUCUCAAGAAGUAUUGAUAUGUGGAACAAAAGGUCACGUGACUGUUCGUGGGGGUGACUUAUAUGGACAAAGAAAUGAUUCCACAAAGGAAGAAGUCCUUUAUCUUGAUAUUGAAGAUCUGAAACAAGCAUCAUUAACUAUGUCAAAAAGUUCAUCCGCUUCGUCUCUUUCUUCGACAAAUGACGUAUUGCAAUGUCAUCUCAAUCUCACUCUUCCGAGACCGUAUAUGAAAGGUCUGGUGAAAAUGGUUGGUGCAUUAAAGGAAGCUUUUGCAUCCGUCGAGUAUCGACACUGUUGGGUGAAAGAACCGGUCGCUACUGCUGCAACUUUCGAAGACGGUCAAUAUAUUCAAGCAGUAAUUGAUGCGGUGCGUCAAUCGUCGAGAAAUAGAGAAUGGAUCAAAGUAGAAAUCAUGACAGAAGAACCAGGUCUACAUUAGAUUUAAUAUAAUUUUGUGAGCACUUGUAAACCAAAAAAUAAUUCCCAGAUUAUAUUAGUACAAAAAUAAUUUUAAAAUUCCAUUCAAAAUUUUUCUAAUUUAUGUUCCAUUAAUUUCAGGUAUAUUUUGUGCCAAUUAGUGAUUAGUCAGUUCAGAUUUUAUUUUAAAAAAUAUGCAAUUUUGUGAAAUAGUUUUUCCAUAUAAUAGUUCUUAGACAUUCUGUUUUAAACCAAGAACCUUUAAUUCUGAAUCUUUGAUAUUGUUUUAGGAUUUAAAUUGAUCUCAUUGUUACCUUUAAGAGGUCACAAAAUUUCUGUGAUUUCUAAGAUAUAAUCAAGAAAACUUGGAUUUAUUCAAGAAAAUGGAGAAUCAGGUACAUAACUAACUAAAAUUAUCUAUAAAUGGUUGAGAAAGGUACGCACAUUAACUUAAAUUGUUUUUUUUUUUUAACAUGCACUUAAUUUUCUUAAUAGUUUGGUGUAUGGUAACAAUUUUAUUUUUAUAUUCAAGAUCGUUAUUAAGCCAACUU